AUGGCGACCAGGACAGCCAGCCUCAGGGUGGUGCAUGCACUGCUCGUCGAUGAACACCCCAGUGCUGCAUCGCAGCUGGUCAAAGGUGGAGGCCUGUCCAUUGUCGUAGCAGUCUUGUCAGAUCUGAGCAGUUUACUUUCAUACAAAGCAGUGGCAGUGGCUACUUUAAAGGCAUUCCUACUGCCGCAGCAGCGGUCUAUGACACAGGCUAUGGCGCGCAUCGAGCAGGCGCACCGUGCAGGGGUGUUGCCUCCGCUGCUCAGCCUUUGUAGGGUGGCGGACAGCGCUGCAGCCAGUGCAAUGCCAAUGGCCACAAAGGACGCACAGUCCCCUCCUGGCAAAGCAAAAAAGGCUGGCAGUCAGGCAAACGGUCCUGAGGGCGCAGGUGUAGCGCAGAGCACCGCACUGUCAUGUCUCAGGGUGAUGACUUUGCACGAUGACUGCAAGCAGGGCAUUGCAGACUGCGGAGGCAUUCCAGCCCUGCUGCCCCUUCUGGCUGUGAAAGAGGACACUGUCAGAUGGGCUGCUCGCCAGAUUUUGCUCAACAUGGCAAUGCUGACAGAGGUUGCAGAGCAGCUGGAGAGGGAAGGUGCCCCCACCUACAUACAUGGCAUGAACCUGGUGAGGCUGCGGCGCACGCAGCCGGGGCGGCAAGGGUCGGCAGCUGCCACGAAGCUGCUCGCACAGCUGACCACGCGGCUGUCCGCGCCACCGACGCUUGUGCCGGAGGGUGGAGCGUGGGCAGGGGACAGGAUUGCUCUGGUGGGGGAUUAUGCUGAGGAGAGUGACAUGCCGCCAGAUGUCUGGGGUGGGGCAAGGCCCAAUGAAUUUGAGGAGUACUUCAACAUCAGCUAUCUCCUCGCUGACAUCAUCCAAUCGCCCCUCACCAAGAUUCUGAAAGGCGUGCCGCCCCAGAGCUUCAGCCUCUGCUGCCUGGACCUGAAGGAGGCUCUGCACACAACCACACUGGGCGUUGAGGGUCCAGUCAGCCUGUGCGAGCUCGCGCAAGUCAAGCAUGGUUUCUCUGACAUCCUGAUCUAUUUGGCGGCGUCCUUCCCCUGUGCAAGGGGCGGUGGCGACUUCAAUGAGCACCCCACCAUCGGCAGAUGGGCCGGCCACCGCAUUGCACUCAUCGGAGAUGGGCCCAGGAGCGAGCAGGUCUUGCAAUGCCUGAGGGUGUAUGCCCGUCUGGAUAGCGCUGACUUGGCAGCCUUCACUGACAUCAAGGAGGCAGUGGGUGACCUGGUGAAGGAUCAGAUAAGCAACAAGGCGAUGGCAUGCCCUCUGCUGGAAGGCCUGAAGCCAGUCCCACCUGAGCUUCCAGUGAGACAAGCUGAAGGCGGCACUCCCGUCAGCUUUGAUGGAAGCGCAGGGGCCAAAGAGCAGCCGUGCAGCGUGGUGCUGACAACAGUGGCUGCCAGGCUGGAGGAGCCUGCUGACGUGGGCGCCAUGCGCUUAGUCAGUAGGGCCUGGUGCGCAGCCACAAACGACGGUGCAGUCACCGCCCGACUGCCCAAGUUUGCAUCAGGUGCGCGCACAUGGUGA